AUGACCAUUCGUAUAAGCCACAGAACACACAAGACAAGACAAGAAGGACAAGACGGGCUGGCCAAGGCACGCAAGACACGACCAGAAGGACAAGACAAGCUGGCCAAUGCACAAAAGACACGACCAGAAGGACAAAACAGGUGGACCAAGGCACACAAGACACGAUCAGAAGGACAAGACAAGCGGACCAAGCCACACAAGACACGACCACACAGACACGACCAGAAGGACAAGACACGCUGGCCAAGGCACACAAGACACGACAAGAAGGACAAGACAAGCUGGCCAAGGCACACAAGACACGACCAGAAGGACAAGACAAGCUGGCCAAGGCACACAAGACACGACCAGAAGGACAAAACAGGUGGACCAAGGCACACAAGACACGACCAGAAAGACAAGACAAUCUGGCCAAGGCACACAAGACACGACCAGAAGGACAAAACACGCAGGCCAAGGCACACAAGACACGACCGGGACAAGUCACGCUGA